AAUUUAACUACGCAACAAAAAGAUGUUGAAGAUCCCGUUGAAGAAAUGUUAAAAAGGACUGGUUGUAUGGAUCUCCACUAUCAAGUUCAAUUCUUUAUACACUUCUUUAGGAGUGUAUAGCAGAAACUCAAGAUUGGAGAAAGUGUCAGGAACAAGUAAAAAAGUUUAAAGUGUGCAUGGAAGAGCAUCAAAGAAAUCGAGAAAAAUCAUAUACGAAUUAAUAAUAAUGUCAAUAACAAACUAUUUGAAACGCAUUUUUAUUUAUCCUAUAAAGUAUACUGCUAAUGGACAUUAUAAAAUGGUACUUAUCGUCAGAUCUGACAUAGCUAUGGGAAAAGGUAAAACUGCUGCACAAUGUGCUCAUGCUGCAGUAGAAUGUUACCGUCAGAUAUCAGUUAAUACUAAAUAUAAAUCAAUUUAUGAGUCGUGGUUGGUACAGGGUCAACCUAAAGUUGUAUUAAGAACAUCUAAUGAACAACAUUUACUGAACUUAGCACAGAGUGCAUAUAAAUCUGGUUUAAUUGUUUCUAUAAUAAGAGAUGCAGGUAAAACUCAAUUGCAACCUGGUACAAUUUCUACGCUUGGAAUAGGACCUGGCCCAACCGAAUUGAUAGACGACCUUACAUCAAACUUGAAACUAUUGUAAAGUUUUGUUAAAUGUACAAAGUUAGUUUUGUUUAAGAAGUACAAAAAAGUAAUUAUCAACUAAUUUCAAAUAAAUUUAUACUCAUCUCUUUUGAAA